CACAGCCAGAUGUCGUUCAACGGAUGCUGUCAUUUCUGUCAAAAUUUUAAUUGACAUUGAAUUCUCCCCAAAUUGGCUUCGUGUAGAAAGAAAUAUGGUGAAAGAAAGUUUUCUGAAAGAUUUCCUCGCCGGUGGAAUAUCGGCAGCGAUUGCUAAAACUGCUGUCGCUCCCAUCGAGCGCGUAAAGCUCAUCCUUCAGGUGCAGCAUGCUAACAAACAGAUCCCUGAAGAGAAGCGCUACAAGGGCAUGAUGGACUGCUUCAUCCGCAUUCCCAAAGAGCAAGGCGUUUUGAGCUAUUGGCGCGGUAAUUUGGCCAACGUGCUGCGGUACUUCCCCACGCAAGCUCUGAACUUCGCGUUCAAGGACGUCUACAAGCAGAUCUUCAUGGAGGGCAUCGACAAGCACACGCAGUUCUGGCGCUACUUUGCCGCGAAUUUGGCCUCGGGAGGGGCUGCCGGAGCCUCCUCUCUGUGCUUUGUCUAUCCGCUGGACUAUGCCAGGACGCGGCUUGGCGCCGACGUCGGCAAAAGCCUCGCGGAGCGCCACUACACCGGGAUGGUUGACUGCAUAGUGAAAACAUUCCAAACCGACGGACUUAUUGGGUUAUACCGCGGGUUUUUUGUAUCCGUGCAAGGCAUUAUCAUAUAUCGCGCGUCGUACUUCGGGUUUUUUGACACCGCGAAGGGGAUGCUCCCCGACCCCAAGAAUACGCCGUUCCUCCUCUCGUUCGUAAUAGCGCAGGUGGUGACUACAAUAUCGGGAAUCACUUCGUACCCUUUUGAUACGGUAAGAAGGCGCAUGAUGAUGCAGUCGGGAAGAGCCAAACACGACGUGAUGUAUAAAAAUACACUAGACUGUUGGGUAAAAAUUACGAAAAACGAGGGACCACUUGCUUUCUUCAAAGGGGCUUUCUCCAACGUCCUGAGAGGCACUGGGGCCGCUUUGGUCUUGGUUUUCUACGACGAAGUCAAAGCUUUACUCUAGACAUUCGUCUUCCGACUGUACUUGGUGGGCAACCAUAAGUAUUAAAAUUUUUGUUCUACUGUUCCGUUUUAAUUAGAUUUAAUUGUUCUUGAUGUUUUCCCUGUGUUCAUGAGUUUUGAUAAAUAAAAUUGAUACUUAAAGUA